ACUACUGCAGGUGCAGUUUACGUAUGGAGUUACAAAACAAGGAAAAACAGUGCCGAACAGUUGGAACACUGACCGGUGUUGCAAAACAAUAGAGGGUGAAGAAAAACAAACUUUCCCGCACGUGGAACCCGCGCAAACUGCGAAGAAAUGUCCCUCUUGAACCAGCUCAACAUAUUUUCCCGGAUGGUGCGUCGGACGGCGUUCGGAAACAUGAAAUCAUUUCACCAAACAGCAGCACUUUGCAAGGUGGAGGAUCGUAAGGCAAUGCUUGCUUCGUUGCCCAGCAAGGAUGAGGGAACCAUCGGUGAACGUUCGAUUGAUAUAGAUUCCAUGAUUGAUAAGAAGAUUAACAUUUUUCCCGAUGCCAACACACCGACAGCACUGUUCAGUGGGGUGCCGUUUAACGAGAUACCGAUUUGCCAUAUUCGCGUGUCACCGAACAAUACCAUCAUUUCGAUUACGGAUGCCAAGGGUGUACCGCAAUUCAUCCGAUCGUGCGGUAUCGAGGGUUUCAAAAAUACGCGCAAAGGCACAAACAUUGCGGCGCAGGCCACCGCCAUCAGCAUAAGUACCAGGGCGAUAGAACGAGGCUACAAAACGGUUCGUGUGACGGUUCGCGGGCUCGGACCGGGACGAAUGUCUGCUAUCAAAGGGCUCGAGAUGGCUGGAUUGAACAUCGUUUCGAUAACGGAUACGACUCCCGUAUCCUGGAAUCCACCUCGACCCAGAAAGCAACGGAAGCUGUAACGAUCUGCAUCGUUGUAUCGGGUAAAUAUCGUCAUCAUAAUUUCCCCGUUGACAUGAGAAGCACGGAGGACUAGCACGGACUGAUCAUGUGACGUUACGGUUGGGCUUUAUGUUUAUUAAAAAAAAUAGUAAUAAAAUUAAAACUCUAGCAAUAA